AUGUGCCAAACUGCAUACGGAGAAUCAGCCAAGUCCAUUCCAGCAAGAAGUGCUCACAAGGCAGGUAUAGAUGACGUUCCAAAAACUCUGGAUUUUGUCCGGGAUAAGAAAUUGAGGCUGGUUAUCAAGAAUACGGGGCUCGACUAUCGUGGACGAAGCUCCGCACCGGAUUCGUUGGCCCUCUGGCACGGCCCGAUCCCGGUCCCUAUCGAUCAUAAACCUAAUUUUUGGGCAAUGAAUGGAAUCAAAAAGGGUCCGUGGGGUAUGGAUCUGGCAGAGAAGGUUGAUGCGUUUUGGAAAGAUGUUGAGAGGGAGUCGCCGUUGGAUAAUUUCGAGGGCUAUCUCGCCCGUCAAACCUAG